UGAUGCUAUUCACGAGGCACGUACUCACGAAGGCCCUCGCAGAACGAAAACAAUAAAUCCCAGAAUGCAUCAUUAUCACGGAGUUGUGUAAGUUCCAGCAAAGACAGUCUUCUAGUAGAAACACUUCAUGGGCGCAGGCGACCGAAAGAGGGUAAACACUAUUUUUUGUGUGUUUAUUACAAAAAAAGUGUAUCAUAUAUAUUUUUUGAGGUAUUUGAGAAGUAACAGAAGCGGCGAUUGUUCCUGAACUAUUGAAGGAUAAAUCUGUUUAACCAGGACCUCAGAAAGCCAGAAAGAUAAGAGGGCCUAUCAAAUAUGUCCUCCUCCCAGUCGUAUUCAAGGCGGCAGUGGUGCUGUUACCUUUGCGAUUUGCCUAAGAUGCCAUGGGCUAUGAUCUGGGACUUUAGCGAGACUGUCUGCCGAGGCUGUGUGAAUUAUGAAGGGGCAGACCGUAUUGAAUUCCUCAUAGAGACGGCCAGGCAUUUGAAAAUAACUCAUGGUAUGCAGGGUGACAGGUCCCCGGGUCCACAGCCCACCAAACAUGGCCCAGGUGGAAGAGAUGGACCUAUGGAGGGUGGUAGGCCACCUCCUGAACGCUUUGAAAGGGGUAGAGGGGACUACGGAACCCCAGCACGGCUCCCCAACGGUCUGCACAGAAUCGAUGACGGGGGCCCACAACAAGAUGCCGGUGGACAGAGCCCUAACAACGCCAGACGACCCAUGGUGUGUACCGUUCCACCCAAUUUAAUGACACAAGGCCUUGUGGGUGCUCCGCACGGGUUGCUAGCAGCUGUGCCCGGUUUAAAUACCAGAGUCGGAGGAACCCCCCUCACCCUCUCUGCCCCCAUGCUGAACGAGAUCACCAAGAGGCAGCUGAGCAUGGGCAUGGGUGUGGCCUCCUUCCUGAGCCCUGAGUUUGAGAAGGAGCUGAGGGAGAAGCAGAGGAACGCAGAGGCUCUGGCCGAGCUGUCAGAGAGUGUACGGAACCGAGCAGACGACUGGGCCGGCCGACCCAAGGCUGUACGAGGGGCCCUGCUCACCCUCUCCGGCUGCACCCCCUUCAACGUGCGCUUCAAGAAGGACCACAGCCUGGUGGGGCGGAUCUUUGCCUUCGAUGCCAAGCUGACGCUGGACUUUGAGCUGAAAAUCUUUGCAGAGUACCCGUGCGGCUCGGGGUAUAUGUUCUCCAGCUUGGCGGCACUGGUCAAGCAGAUGUUCCACGACAGCCAGAAAGACUCUGGGAACAAGGUGAUCAACUUGGGCCUGAAGUAUGUGGAGUACGAGAAAAGGCAUGGCGCGGGGGACUGGCGACUGCUCUCUGAGCUACUGAGUGAUUCGGUACGGGCCUUUAAGGACACCCCCGGCCCUGACGUUCUCCCCCAGCCCUACCUGGACAACAGCUGCUCCAUGCUGCCCACAGCGCUGUGUCACAUGGCCCGUUCGGCACCACCAGCCCGCCUGCGCCGGAGGAAGGCUUCCCCAGAGCUCCAGGGUGGAGAGGUAGUGACCACAGAGGAGCAGCUCCGGCAGCACUGGCCUAUGGGGAUGUACCCAGGCAUGGCUAUCCACCUAGCUGCCUCCUCCCUACCCAGCACUAGCCAGCCACCUCCUCACCAGGAGGGCUCGGCCUCCCACUCCCACAGCAGCGACCCCUCCCCCAUCACAGCACUGAUGAGCGUGGCUGACAACGCGGGUGCAGCCGCUGGCCAGUCACCCAGAGAAGCCCCUAGCAGCAGCAGCAGUAGUGGUGGUGGAGGCCUGGGCCACUCCUCCUUGGCAGUGAGACAAAGCAGCAGCAGCCCCAUGGCAGCCUGCCCUGCAGGGCAGCAGCGCCACCUGGCCUCCAGGAACGGGGAACCCCAGGGAGCUAGCAACUCUACAGGGGGCACCACGGCAGCUCUCCCCCUGGCUGGGGCCUCGGACCAGGGAGCAGGGGACCCCUCCGGCUCCUCUGGUCCCCCUCUCUGCUGCACCAUCUGCCACGAGCGCUUGGAGGAUACUCACUUUGUCCAGUGCCCGUCUGUUGCGGCCCAUAAAUUCUGCUUCCCUUGCACCAGAGACUUUAUCCGGAGCCAGGGGGCCGGCAGCGAGAUGUUUUGCCCCAGUGGAGAGAGGUGUCCCCUGGUAGGCUCCAACGUGCCCUGGGCCUUCAUGCAGGGAGAGGUCACUACCAUCCUGGCUGGAGACGUCAAGGUGAAGAAGGAGCGCGACCCCUAAAUCCUCUGGGAUACCUGACUAAGGCUGUUGACGCCUGAGUGGAGCAGCAGCCUGGUGCCUGCAGAUAACGACAAUCUCAACAGGUUCUCGCCACUUCACAGCCAAUCACCACAACAAUCCACCAGGUUUCCCCACCCCACAGCCAAUCACCACGGCAAUCCACCAGGUUUCCCCACCCCACAGCCAAUCACCACGGCAAUCCACCAGGUUUUCCCCACCUCACAGCCAAUCACCACGGCAAUCCACCAGGUUUCCCCACCCCACAGCCAAUCACCACGGCAAUCCACCAGGUUUUCCCCACCUCACAGCCAAUCACCACGGCAAUCCACCAGGUUUUCCCCACCGCACAGCUAACCAACAUGACAAUCCACCAGGUUCUCCACACCUCGCAGCCAAUCAUCAUACACCUCUACCUCCAUGGGGCAGGCCUUACACUACCACACCACUGUCUGGUUGGAUAGAGGGUGACCAUACCCCCAGCCCUUGCUCACCUAUAAUACCUAAUUCACCCCUUUGUCCCUCAAACAUCAACUUAUUAGUAUUAGUCACUGACUUUAUAAACCAGUGGACCAUGGUUGGGAAGUAUGCACUUCAUCUAGGGCUUCCGAGUGGCGCAGCGGUCUCAGGCACUGCAUCUCAGUGCUAGAGUCGUCACUACAAACCCUGGUUCGAUUCCAGACUGUAUCACAACCGGCCGAUUGGGAGUCCCAUAGGGAGGCGCACAAUUGGCCCAGCGUCAUCCGGGUUUGGCCAGGGUAGGCCGUCAUUGUAAAAUAAGAAUUUGUUCUUAACUGACUUGCCUAGUUAAAUAAAAUCUGUCCUGUUUAUAGUUGAUUGUAGGUCUGUUUUCUGUUUCGUGGAACAUCUUUCUAAUAUAUAUCUGAGUGGCAUUGAAAAAGACUGAUGACUUCCCUAAACGUUCCAGCAACGUAUAGACUUGGACUGUUCCUCUUGUGACCGUUUUUUGGGAGUUUGUUUUGAGUCACAUUUGCCCUUUACGUAAAACUGACUUUUUACUGUCACGGAGCUAAUUGUUUGCUCUUUGCUGAAACCUCAAACCAGCAGUUAAUGUAUGUCGCCAUCGAUUUAUAAGACAGAAACAGGGACUUUCAGUGCGAUACAAUAAGAUGGCUUUCACAGUGCCCAACAAAGAUGCUUUAUCCAGCAUGUAAGAAGUGGGAUGGAUACCUCUCUAUUUUAUACUGAAUGUAAGACAAUCUCUCUCGAUGGUGAUAGAUGUGCAAUCUAUAGUUUUGAUACAAUACUGCUUGUGUAGCCUAUACACGUGCGUAGAAACCAAAGAUAGAUUCAUGUUAAAGUAGAUUUACAGUGCCUAUAGAAAUUCUACACCCCCUUGAACUUUCUUCACAUUUUGUUGUGUUACAAAGUACGAUUGAAAUAGAUUUCAUUGUAAAAAUGGAUCAACACAAAAUACUCCGUAAUGUCAAAGGGAAAAGAACAUUUUGAAAAUGUUUUACAAAUGAAAUAACAAAUAUAGUUGUUGCAUAAUUAUUCACCUCCUUUAUUUAGGCGAGUCUAAAUUAGUUCAGAAGCUUGACAUAAGGCAAAGACUGGGGAGGUUUUCAGGAUGAAAAGAAACGGGAUUGAGCUAAGCACAGGCAAAAUCUUGAGGAAAACCUGCUUCAGUCUGCUUGUACACCAGAGACUGGGAGAGAAAUUCACCUUUCAGAAGGACAAUAACCUACAGCACAAAGUCAAAUCUAAACUGGAGUUGUUAACCAAGAAGACAGUGAAAGUUCCUGAGUGGCCAAUUUGCAGUUUUGACUUAAAUCUGCUUGAAAAUCUAUGGCAAGACUUGAAAAUGGCUGUCUAGCCAUGAUCCCAAACUCCUUGACAGAGCUUGAAGAAUUUUGAAAAGAAUAAUGGGCAAAUAUUCCACAAUACAUGUGUGCAAAGCUCUUUUGAGACUUACUCAAGAGACUCAUAAUCGCUGCCAAAGGUGAUUCUAACAUGCAUUGACUCAGGGGGGUGAAUACUUAACCAAUCAAUGUAUAUUAGUGUUUGAUUUUUAAUUUGUCUUAAAAAUAAUCAUAAUAAUGUACUUUGACAUUAUAUUACAGUAUUUUGUGUAGAUUGUUGGGGAACAAAAAGUUAAUCCAACUUUGUAAUGUAACAAAAUGUGAAGAAAAAAAAAGUUCAAGAGGGUUGUAGACUUUCUGUAAUCUUACUAUUUUUGUGUUAAAUGACUUUAUUAUUUCAAUAUGUGCCAGGGAAAUAGUGGGUGAAAUGGUUCUUGUUAGGAUAGUUAUCGGUUAUCUGUUAACUGAAGUUGUAGAGGGUGUAGAGAUUAAACUAAUAUUGUGUACUUUAUGAUGUUUAAUUUAAAGGAAUUUACUCUAUGUAAAGUCAAAGGUUUUUUCUAUAUUGACUGAGAUUCAAGUUUUUCACGUGAUCCUCUUGAUUAUUUUUUAAAAAGUUCUAUAAAAUCCCUGUUUUAUGCUCUGUUUUACCAAUGAACUUAACUCUUUGAAUUGUUUAAAAGAUAAUAUAUACAUGUAUAUCAAAAUACUUCUCUGUCAGGUUUUCCUUAACCUUUUAUGUUCGUCACCAAAAUUAAUAUAUUAAUUGAAUUAUCAAUUUGCAAAGCUGGUGCCAAUCAAUCAAUACCUUACCAUGUGCAUGUGUAAAUAUGAAAUUGAAUGAGGACAAGACAUCAAGCCAUUGCUGAUCACGUUGGCAUGAAUGUAUACUGUACACUAGUAGCUGUAUCUGAAAGUGUAUGUAGUCGUAAAAUUAGGCCUCUUAGUUAUCUAAAAUACGGUAAGUCAAAUGUAGCCCUCACAACAAAAAUGAAUUUCCUACAAAAGCACUGAUGUUCAUCCAACUUUCCUCAAGUGAUUGGGAGUCCCAUAGGGCAGCGCACAAUUGGCCCAGUGUUGGCCCGAGGUAGGCCGUCAUUGUAAAUAAGAAUUUGUUCAUAACUGACUUGCCUAGCUAAAUUAAAAAAUACAUUUUAAAAAAGGUGCAUUUAAUGGCAUGCUCUGUCUGAAAGCACUUGUUAAAAUAUAUAUAUUUUUUUUAAAUCAUAAAAAAUAGGAGUAUUUUGUAUUUGGCCCCUAAAUUAGUAAAGAUUGUCUUGGAUUGAUUGUCUUGCCUUUUUAUGGUCCUGUCUGCCAUGGACUCCUGUUGAGUUGCUUAUCUCAACAUAGUUCAAGGUUAAAGCUUGUAUAUUCCAACUCUAUUUCUACUUGACACUAGCCUAUUUCUGCCCUUAUUUUUUUUGUUAUUUAAAAAAAAAAAAACAUUUUCCUUUAAUGGAAACCUACUCUGGGCGGCAGGUAGCCUAGUGGUUAGAGCGUUGGGCCAGUAACUGCAAGUUGCUAGAUCGAAUCCCUGAACUGACAAGGUUAAAAAAAUCUGUCGUUCUGCCCCUGAACGAGGCAGUUAGCGCACUGUUCCUAGGCUGUCAUUGUAAAUGAGAAUUUGUUCUUAACUGACUUGUCUAGUUAAAUUAAAUAAACCCCUGAAUGUCGGCUA